CCCAGUUAUCCUCCACAACAAGACAGUCUGACCCCUUUCUCAGUGCAGCCGCUGUCAGGUCAAGAAGAUUCGAUGCAACCGGCUCGACCCGCGAUGUGACAAAUGUGAAGCCGUUGGUGCAGAAUGCCAUUACCUGCCACGAAAACAACGGUCUGCCAAGCGAAGUGCGAUUCAUGACAAGGAUGUUCUUUCGGAAAUCCUCAGACGUCUAGAGCGACUGGAAGACCACUGUAUGAUUGAUCAAGAUGUGGAACAUUCCGCAGACGCGUAUCGUUCAAUGUCUACCGACUCAGACAAUGCUGCCUCGACGAGCACUGUUCUGCCACCCGGUAGCAAGUCCCCUCCACCAGUACGAGAUGUGACACACAUCAUGCUGAGCGGGUUGAAGGACGAAAAUACCAGAUCGCUGCUCCGCUCCAACGUUUUCUGUCACCUUGAUAAUGUCUGGUCCCGCUUCUUUGAGAACGAGAAAUGCAUUCAGGCCGUAGAGGCUGCAUUGGUGGAGAUUGCCGAAUUGGAAGAUACGACAGUAUCUGAGGUACAGGCGCCUCCUGCUAUUCCAAAUGAGACUGCAAGCAGUUGGAUAAAUAAGUACUAUGACACCUAUCAAUUUGAGGGAUUUCGGAUCCCGUUCGAAAGAAGCUUUAUCCUUUCCAUUUCGGAUCUGCUGGAUAGCCCCCACGUUCAGUUUGACUCUACAAUCCAAUUAGUUUAUUACAAUGUCCUCUUUCAAGGACUCCUCUUGGACUCGGAACCUCAUCCCAACAAAGGUAGCAUCAUACAACUUCUUUGCCGCAAAAGUAUGGAUUUGACGGAGAGCUGGCUCAGUCAGAUCAAAAACACGCCGGCAGACCUAUUUACAGCUUUCUUCAUGAUGUCCAUGGCCCUCGAAAGUUGCAACAGUGAACUAUCCUGGAAGAUCCUCGGACAUGCCUGCGCAAUCGCCAGAGCUCUCGGGUACUUUUCUGUCGAUGCAGAUCAGUCAACGCAUAACAGCCCGGCGUCUUUGAUCAAUGCUCCCUCUGAGCCAGAGAUUGAGAUAGAGAAGAACCGAAAGCGCUUCGAGUUCUGGCAUUUACUUCGCACAGACUGUCUCUUCCGCCUGUCCUUUGGUAAACCAGCACUCAUUGCUGAGGGUUCCUGGGCAGUAAAUUUCCCAGAUCCGAGUAUCACUGGCGUGGACGAUGAAUCUACACGCUUCGUUCAAAUCCACUUCCUCGCAUCAAUGCGCCUCACACUCGUCUUGUUGAGAUACCUGGAUCUCGUCGAUGUGGAGUCCGGGUUGUCUACUUCACAGUAUGAUGAAACGAUAGACGGUCUUAUCAAAGAGGUGCAAACGAUCAUGUCAGACUGGACCCCGGAGGAGCUUCUGACUACGACGACCAAUCGCACGGACACGUGGUUUUGCGUGGACAUUCUCUUUAGCAGCUACAAGAUGCUCAUCGUCUUCUACCAAUCCAAGAAAUGUUACCAAAGCGGUCAGAUCCUGCCAUAUCACACUGUUGAUAUUGCUAGGAAAAGCCUUCAGAUGUCUCGGUCAAUCAUGUCCUCCACUCCACAACCCUACUGGGGCAUCAGUCUCAUCUUGCUCCACCAGUUUAUUCCCUUAUUUAUUGUCAGCAUGGACAUGAUCGGAUCUCCUGAACGGCAUGAUAUGGAAUUAGAUCUCGACUUGGUGGCCUGGUUUAACCAUUUUGUCGAGACGGCUUCCCAGGAACGAACGGAGCUAAGACCAUUGAGUGCGAUACUGAAGGCAAUGGCAUUGGCUUCUCGCAACGCCAAGGUGGGUUCUGAGUAGUGCUCUAUGUACUUCAAGACAACCAUUUCUGUCGCAUAUUACUGCGCUGUCUUGUCACCACCGGCCAGGCCAACGAUAUUUCGUAUUUCAGGGUAAUACCGUCUAGCGUUUUGCCAGACCAUUAACAACGCGUGGAUUUACUUCGCACACCUAGAGUCUAGAGACCUAGACAGAAAGCCAGACUGUAUCAAUGAGCCCUGCCUGAUGUAUUCUUUUGACAUCGCCACAUGAUCCUGUACUACUUCCCUGAAGUGCCUUGAAGUGCCCUGAAGUGUCCUCAUUGUCACGGUACUCGGCUGCAUGGCAUCAAAAUAUAUAUUAGGCCAACAUUGAGGGAGACCAACCACCAUAGUACCAG